AUGCCAUUAGACAUUCUAGCAACUGCCGUGGUAGAGGGUACGGACAAGAUUCCAUUUUGGCGCGAAAUCCGGGCUCUUGCGCCUUACGUGGCUGGGAUUACAGCUGUGAAACUCUGGACGAGAGGUAGCAUCAACCAAUGGGGUAGGAAACUUCAUGGUAAGGUAUAUAUAGUGACUGGGGCGACCACUCAGGGUAUGGGAACAGCAGUGGCGUUGGAAAUGGCGGAACAGGGAGCACAAUUGAUCAUUUUGGUAAAAAAGGUGGAUGAGUGGACAACCGAAUGGGUGGAGGAUUUGCGCAGUAGAGCCAAGAACGAGCUCAUAUACUUGGAACAAUGCGAUCUAAGCGACCUGUAUCAGGUGCGAAAAUUUGCGACGAAAUGGCUGGACAACAAGCCUGCUAGACGACUCGACGGUGUGGUGGCAAUGGCGGGCAAUUUGGAGCCGGUGUGGAACAGCACUCGUAAGGCCUCUACAGACGGACUGGAGCUGCAAAUGGCAGUCAAUUUUGCAGGCCAUUUCCAUUUGUUAGACUUGCUGAAACCGGCUUUCAAGGCCCAGCCUCCAGACCGGGACGUUAGGAUUGUUGUCACAACGUGUAUGCUGCAGGCCAUUGGAGACGUAAGACUCGAAGAUCCGCUGUGGAGAGACGCCAAGUACGAUCGUCCGCUCAAGUUCUUUGCGAGCUCAAAGUUGCAAUUGGGUCUGUGCAUGCUGGAGUUGCAGAGACAGCUGUUUUCCAAUGCCAAAAAAGACGACGGUACAACAGGUAGGAACGUCACUGUCACGCUGGUGCAGCCGGGAAUUAUGCGUUCUACGAGUUUGAGACGGUUGAUCAGCAACGGGUCUGUGUUGGCGCUGCUUUUCCUGUACUCGUUCCUAUUGUAUCCACUCCUGUGGCUGUUCACCAAGAGCGGGUACCGUGGGGGCCAAUCUGUGCUUUACGCUCUCAUGACACCGGAACUUGAGGAGGUGAACUUGAAAGACGAUCAGGUCAAGUAUGUUGUGAACUGCUCGAUGGGCGGUUUCUCACGCAAAGAGUUUGGUGAUGCUGAGCUACAAAAGAAGCUUUACGAUACCACGUCGCAGAAGAUCUUGGAACUAGAGAGGUCUAUGGCGAUCAAACGAAACACGGGUAAAAAGAAGGCGGCAGCUGCCGGUAAAUAA